AUCAUCAAAAGCCAAUCGCCGUCGUCGUCGAACAGUCGCGUAGUUGCGGAUCAGAAGUAGACUUUUUUCGUUUUAAAUCAGCCAUCAUCGCGCGGUCCAUUGUAAUCGGCGAAUGGAAUAAAGGUCCAUUGAGCAGGAAAAAGUCUUAAUAGAACGUGGAUUAUAUUUGCGAUUUGGUUUACUCGCCGCUGUUGAAUUAUGUGAAAUUGGUGGCUUCAGCGAAAAGUGUGCAUUUUUUUUUUCUGGAGAAAUAAUCGAGCAGACGAAGAAAAAAGAAGAGUAAGAAGAUUUUCGGUGCAAACUGGGAGUGAUCGAAUUGAUGCACCAAAAAUAUAGCAUUCCAAGUUGCAGAGUGUGAGCUGUGUUUUUUGGUUUUCAAUUAAAUUCCUUUUCAUGUAUGAAAGUUCUCGCUGAAUUCAGAAGCUGGGAAAGUGUUUUAAACCUUUCUUCUGCGGAGCCACGGGAGAAGUCGAGCAGCGACAAAAAAAAUAGUUUUUGGAAUUCAGUGGUAGGCGUUGAUUUCCUGGAAAUCGAGUUAGAAUGAGUUCGAAUAAUACAACCAGCAGUAGCACCACAAACAGUAGCAACAGCAACAACGGGACGAACAGUAUCGUGGCAGAAUAUAACGAAAUCGAAUCCCGCAAUGGCUGGUGUUCGGUUUAUCAGGAUAUCCGCGAAAAAAGCGAACAGGAAGCACGCCAGAAGGAUUUCUGCACCAACGAAUCAAAAAAGAUGGACAACCGACGGCUGAACCGAUAUCGCGAUGUGUCCCCCUACGACCAUUCCCGGAUAGUGCUGAAACGUGGCGAGACUGAUUACAUCAAUGCAAAUUUGGUCAAGCUGGAACGGGCCGAUCGGACGUACAUCCUCUGCCAGGGUCCACUGCCGCUGACUGUCGGUCACUUUUGGCUGAUGGUUUGGGAGUACAAUUCACGGGCCAUUCUGAUGUUGAACAAACUGAUCGAGAAGAAACAGAUCAAAUGCCAUCUCUACUGGCCGGAGAAAAUCGGCGAGGAUCACAAACUGGAACUGCCGGAAGUACAGCUGGCAAUCGAAUACUUGAAGUGUAUCGAGUACAAAAAUUUCUGCAAGCGAACGUUUCGGUUAACAGAUUUAGAAUCGAACAAAUCGCGUGAAGUAGUGCAGUUCCAUUACACAACGUGGCCAGACUUUGGCAUUCCGAGUUCACCAGUUGCAUUUCUACAGUUUUUAAAAGAUGUUCGUGAUUCCGGAGCGCUGGAUAAAGACGUGGGACCACCUAUCAUCCACUGCAGUGCGGGAAUCGGCCGGUCCGGUACCUUCUGCUUGGUAGAUUGCUGCCUUGUUUUGAUUGACAAAGAAGGCGAGGAUAAAGUAUCGGUUCAGAAUGUACUCCUGGAACUGCGACAGUAUCGAAUGGGACUCAUUCAAACUGUGGAUCAAUUAUACUUUUCAUAUCAAGCCAUUAUUGAGGGUAUGAAACGAAUGAAUAACUCAUCAUUCGAAGAUUUCGAAGAACUAUCCGUUGUGGUGCAACCCACCUCGGAUCAGGAUACAGAAAAUGACGACACCCCACCGCCCUUACCACCACCUCGAUCGCACUCGCUGACAAUCACCCAGAAGCCGCUGCCACUGAUUCCGAACAGCGAAAGUGUCCACGAAGAGUUUCUCAGUUGCCAGGAGCGUGAUAUGGUCAAUAAUCUGAUGAACCUGGAGAAGAGCAAGCAAUACGAGAUUAGUAAAGACCGGCCGUUGCCGCCGUUACCGAAGGAUAGUCCGCUUGACAAGGUACAUGAAGCGCUCGGUUCGGACGAUAGUGGCGCUUCCGGUAGCAGCAGUGAAGUGGACGAAUUGAUCGAGGAAAACGACAGCGAUGAGGAUGAUGACGACGAGGACGAUAACAGUGAUAACAUCGAAAGUUCGGUGUUGGAUGAAACGACGAUAACCAGCUCGUCGACGAUGACAACGACGACAACGAGCGCGACGGCUACGGCUGUGAACAGCAACACAUCGACGUUGGAAUCGAAUCGAGGUGGCGAGAAAUCGUUCGAUGCCGAUGGCACACUGCCACCCGUACCGAACGGAGUUGACGGAAAUAGUGCGGGCGAGGAGGGAGCUUCCAGCCCGGAAAGGGAACUGUCACCCAACGUCGAGUUGCGCCGCCGGAAACGGCUCGAACGUCAAACCGCGAUGGAGGAGAAAAUCCGCGAGAUCAAACGCAAACAGAAGGAAGUGGAAAGCAAGGCGGCGUCGCCGAAAAAACGCAGGUCAUUAAUCUUUACCAUCGCCGCCGGUGUCUGUAUCGGUGUGCUCUGUGUGUAUCUGUACACGAGAAAUAUGUAAUCAGCAGCAUCGUGUUUAAUUGCGAAUUUCUUUAUGCUUACAUUGCCACUGGCGCGUCUCAUGCUCUCCUGCCACACGCGGGGGGUGGUCAUCGCAAAGUGGUUGUUUUUAUUUUCCAAUUAAUUUCCGUUCUCCUAGUAAGAACAAACAAGCGAGAUAGAUCGUGUGAUGCAAAAUAAAACAAAACUAAGAGAAAAAAAAGCCAGCCAGACUGCAAGUCACAGAUCGGUCAUCCUUUCUGCGACGUUUGCAUGCAACAGAUUGUAGGUCAAGUAGCUACUGGAAGUAUGUAAACCGUUUAUUUUAUCAAGUGAAAAGAAAAACAUUAUCCAAGUUAAAUGAUUAAUCGUGUAGACAAAGUGAUCAAUGUUGAAUUAUGAAACACAAGUAAAACAUUCGUUUUAGUAGUGCGCAGGCUCGUAAGCAAUCGAUGUAAAGUACAGCGGUUUAUUCCGAUAUUCAAGAUGCAAUUCAUUCCAAGCGUGUGACUUGGAUGGAACCAAUAUUUCGGUAAACUAUUAGUAAGAUGGUUGGUAGACUAGUGCGGAUAUUACUUAUAACCUGACCGUCGUCGACACCAUUCACUUACAAUCGUUAGAAAUCGGAUAAACACACAGUUUAUUUUUUUGUUCUAAAAAUUCUUUUGAAACACUUUUAUUCAUGCACUGAUUUGUUUGUGCUUUUUUUUCAUGAAAAUUUUUAGUUUUCGGGGCUAAUUGCUAAAAAUGAAGUGCGCAGAUCAUAGUUAUGGUGAAAAAUUCUUUGAAAUGAUGUGUGAUAAAUUAUUUAGGAAAUUACUCUAAUGAUGCUUUGUUUUGUAAACUGUUACGAACAUUUUGGCUAUGUAAAUUUCUGGGGUAUCCCCGCAAAAUCGGAAAUGUUUUGCCUAACGGAUCCUCCCACUACUAAAUAGGAACCGUAAGAAGAAUGAUUCAAGCGACAGGACAGGGAAGAGAGCUCUGCAAACUGUGUAUUACACAAAGACGGUCCAGGCCAGAGAAAGCAAUCAUGUGAAUGAGAGAUAAACAGUUGUAUAUCGAGAUACGAGAAUAUCGUCCAUGUUUUAGAGAUAGAGAUUUACAUUUUUUCUACCGAUGGAAUAUUUGCCUAUUUUUAAAAAGAAUAAAAAUCAAAUGUCGAGCAUUGAGAAGAAAUACUAAUAUUUUACUAUUAUUAUUUUUUCCUGUUGAAAAAAAAAAAACGGACGUAUCUGAUCGUGUAAAAUUGUUUUGUGAUGAAAAACACGAGUAUCAAGUGAACAGCCAGAUUAGUAACAAAUAAGGAGAAAACAAUGCUAAACUAUAUUAUGGAGCAACAAAUUGUAUAGAUGACUGUUUUAGAGAAAUUAAUGAAUGAAAGAUAAACAUGAAAUUGGAAAAACGAAA